UUAUUUUUACAUAUUGUUAAUUAAUUGAGCUUAUGUUCUGAUUAUUUUUUGGCCUUUUUGUUUUGGUCUUCAUAAAAAUCAAAUAAAUUACUGUUUAUCUGGCAGCACUGUACCAACUGUCAAACGACUGUUUUCGUAGCAGCCCAUGUGCUAUUUGUUUAUGUGCAGCAAUUUCGUCACCAUUGGUCGGCGAAAGAGGGUGUUGUUGGAAAAAUUAGACGAAAAACGUGCUUUUAAAUUAAGUAAAAGGCUAAAACGCAUACAGAGACACUGUAUGAAGGUGUUGCAGUGUAUUUUUUGUGAUAUUUAAUAGUGUAGAUCCGUUAAAUCAUGGGUAAAAAGAAGGCUAAUCAGUUGGGCCGAUCUCUGAUCAAGGACCGGUUCGGCCAAGGGAAUCGAAAAACGGUUGCCGAUGGAAGCAUGCUCCACACCACCGAAGUGCAGGACGGGUACGAUUGGGGCCGGCUGAACCUGCAAUCCGUGACGGAGGAAUCCUCCUUCCAGGAGUUUCUUCGCACCGCCGAACUAGCCGGCACCGAGUUCCAGGCGGAGAAGCUUAACAUCACGUACGUCAACCCCAAGUCGAAGGUGGGCCUGCUGACCACGAACGAGCGGGUGGAGAUCAUCAAGAAGCAGGUCGACAUGAAGGACCUGCUAAAGAUACCGCGCCGCCCCAAGUGGACGAAGGACACGACGGCCGAGGAGCUGCUGCUCGCGGAAAACGCUUCCUUUCUCGAGUGGCGCCGCGGGCUGGUGGCGCUCCAGGAGCAGGACGGCAUGCUGAUGACACCGUACGAGAAGAAUCUCGACUUCUGGCGCCAGCUGUGGCGUGUGGUCGAGCGGAGCGACAUCGUCGUGCAGAUAGUGGACGCCCGCAAUCCGCUGCUCUUCCGGACGGAGGAUCUGGAGCGGUACGUGCAGGAGGUUGACCCGAACAAGAUGAACAUGAUACUGCUGAACAAGUCGGACUUUCUGACGGCCGAACAGCGCGUCCACUGGGCAAAGUAUUUCGACGGGCAGGGCGUUCGGGUGGCAUUUUACUCGGCCGUGCUAGCGGCGGAAGAGGCCAAGAAGGAGCAGGAAGCGGAGGAAGCAGCGCAGCAAGCUGCCCAAAACGGGGAUCAAGCAGAUGACGAAGAGGAGGAGGAGGAGAAGGAGCAGGAGGAGGUUAAGGAGCGGUUGGGAAAUUUAAAACUGUCCGUUGACAGGGCUGAAAAGACGCUGGAAAAGAUAGAGGAAAAAAUCGAGGACCUUGCGCGCGAGGAGGACGCAGAGCCGGGCGCGAUUCGGAACAGCUCCAAGCUGCUCACGAAUGCCGAGCUGAUUGCGCUCUUCAAAAGCCUGCACCGGGCGGAACGUGUCACCAAAGACGUCGUGACGGUCGGGCUGGUCGGGUACCCGAACGUCGGCAAGAGCAGUACGAUCAAUGCGGUCUUUCUCGAGAAAAAAGUGUCCGUUUCGGCGACGCCCGGCAAAACGAAACACUUCCAAACGCUGUACGUCGACAGCGAGCUGAUGUUCUGCGACUGUCCCGGGCUGGUGAUGCCAAGCUUCUGCAUCACCAAGGCGGACAUGAUACUGAACGGCAUCUUGCCGAUCGACCAGAUGCGGGACCAUGUGCCGCCGGUCAAUCUGCUCUGUACGCUCAUUCCACGCCACAUCCUCGAGGACACGUACGGCAUAAUGAUUUCGAAACCGCUCGAGGGUGAGGAUCCGAAUCGGCCCCCGUACUCGGAGGAGCUGCUGCUAGCGUUCGCGUACAACCGAGGCUUUAUGACGGCCAAUGGGCAGCCGGACCAGUCGCGCGGCUCCCGGUACGUGCUGAAGGACUACGUCAAUGGGAAGCUGCUGUACUGCUACGCACCGCCCGGGGUUGUGCAGGACGAGUUUCACCGCUUUCCGGCACGGAAGAAGGAGGAGGCAGACAUUAAGCUGCUUCCACCGAGACAGCAGCGCGCGAUGAAGAUGAACCUGAAAAAAUCCAGUACAGACGUUGACGAACAGUUCUUCAAGGAGCGAGCAUCGCACGGUUUAGUGAAGGGGCGCAGUGACUUCCCGAACGUUCGACCGAUCGGACCAUCGGGCAGCGCGGCGACAUUGUCAACGACUGACGGUGUGAUCGUGGCGGGCAAACCGUGGAAGCACCAGAAGCGUGAAAAGCGUGAAAAGCUAAGGCGCAAGUACGCGCACCUCGAUCAACACUAAUCGCUUCGAUCGAUCGUUGGAGCGUGCGUGGAAUUGGGGGGAAGGGGUUCAAUUACAUAGUAUGUUGUCCUAUGUGUAUAGAUUUAACAAAAAUAAAAAAAUAAUCGCUCUACACUUCCAAA